GAUUGGCUGUCCGGUGCGGUGACGCUUGGCCCGAGAGGCCCGCGGGCUUCGGGCAAUGAUGGAGGCCGAGGGGGUGGUGACUCGGGCGGCUGCGCGGCGCCAAGCAUUGGCGGCCAAGGAGCUGGAGGCGCAGGAGGAGCAGGGGCGGCGACAGAGGCGGCGGCGGCAGCGGCAGCGGCAGGGGCGGAGAACUAAAGAGAGUCCAGAAGAAGAAGAAGAAGCAGUUUUUCGAGAAGUGGUCAGUUUUAGUUCGGAUCUUUUGCCAGUUAGAUAUUAUGACAAGGAGACCACCAAACCUAUCAGCUUCUACCUGUCUUCAGUGGAAGAGCUGCUGGCCUGGAAGCCCCUCAUGGAGGACAGCUUCAGUGUGGCCCUGGAGCCCUUAUUGUGUCGCCAGCCUCCACUGAGCAGCCGCCGGCCACGGACCCUACUGUGCCAUGACAUGAUGGGUGGCUACCUGGAAGACAGGUUUAUUCAGGGCUCAGCGGUGCAGAACCCCUACUCCUUCUACCACUGGCAGUACAUCGACAUCUUCGUGUACUUUAGCCACCACAUGGUCACCAUACCCCCGGUGGGCUGGACCAAUGCUGCCCACAGGCAUGGGGUCUGUGUGUUGGGGACAUUCAUCACCGAGUGGAGCGAAGGGGCGAAGCACUGUGAAGCCUUCCUGGCUGGGGACUCCCGCUCCUACCAGACAGUGGCCGACCAGCUGGUCCAGAUCGCCCAGUUUUUUCGUUUCGAUGGCUGGUUGAUCAACAUUGAGAACUCCUUGAGUGAGACUGCCGUCCAGAACAUGACUGCUUUCCUGCGCUAUCUGACUGCUCGGCUGCACCAGCAAGUUCCCGGGGGGCUGGUGCUCUGGUACGAUAGUGUGAUACAGAGUGGGCAGCUCAAGUGGCAGGAUGAACUCAAUGAACACAACCGGAUCUUCUUUGAGUCCUGUGACGGCUUCUUCACCAACUAUAACUGGCGGGAGGAGCACCUGGAGCGGAUGCUGGGACAGGCUGGCGAGCGCCUGGUCGAUGUAUAUGUGGGUGUGGACGUGUUCGCCCGCGGAACUGUGGUUGGAGGCCGGUUUGACACAAACAAGUCGCUGGAAUUGAUCCGAAAGCACGGCUUCUCUGUAGCUCUCUUUGCCCCCGGCUGGGUGUACGAAUGCCUGGAAAAGAACACCUUCUUCCAGAACCAGGAUAAGUUCUGGAAUCUGCUAGAACGCUACCUACCUACUCAUAGCAUCUGCUCCCUGCCCUUCGUCACAUCCUUCUGCCUGGGCAUGGGGACACGAAGGAUCUGCUAUGGACAGGAGCAGGCUGUGGGGCCUUGGUACCACCUGAGUGCCCAAGAAACACAGCCCCUGUUUGGUGAACACAAGCUGCCCGGCAACAGCCAGGGCUGGGUGAAGGUGCGCUGCUGCCUGGCAGACUCCUGGCACGGGGGCAGCUCCCUGCUUCUGCAGGGGGUGAUCCCACCUGAGAUUGGCAAUGUGGCUGUGAGGUUGUUUUCCCUGCAGGUCCCAGCACCGCACAAAAUCUUCCUGUCCUUGGUGUAUAAGCUUGAAGGGUCCACGGAUGUCAUGGUUGCCUUGGAGCUCACUACUGGGGACUCUGGCAGCUGUCACGUCGGCAGUAUCUCGGUGCUGAAUGCAGAAACAGGUUCAAGGCACAGACCUCAGCCCCUCCGGGUGCCCCCCACCAAACUGGCCCGAUGGGCAGGCCGCUGUGGCCAGCAGCUCCGUGGAGGCUGGAUCCAGCGGUGCUACGAGGUGAACCUGCGUGGGUGCCUCCUGCAGGACCUCUUUGUGAACUUGGCACGACCGCCGGGCAGUCAGGAGGAAAAGAGCUUCAUCUGUCGCCUGGGAGAGAUCCAGGUGGUGGAUGCCAACAGCCUGCUGGCCCCCCUGCCCCAGGUGCAGAAUGUCACAGUCACGCAGAUCCACUGGCAGUGGCCUGCCUCUGAGCCGGAAGAGCCCUUGGGCCGGCUGAGGCUCAGCUGCACUCUGCACUGGUCCUACCUCCUCCUGCAAGCCCGCUGCUUCAGAGUCCACUGCUGGGAGGGGACGAGAGGCAGCUCUCCAGGCAGGGAGUCACUGGGGCCAGAGCAGCCUGCAUUCCUGGGUCUGGCUUUUGUCAACCAGUAUCGUGUGGUGGACUUGGUGGUAGAGGUUGCUGGGCCCAGACAGGAGGCCCGCGUGGAGUUCCUGGUGGAGCCUGUCCCCAGGGAGGGCUUCCGGGUCCCUCAGGCCGAGUGGGGCAGGGCGGCCCUGCUGUACUCCAUGCCCCCAUGAUCCCGCACCUCCUUCCCAGAGACUCAGGUUGCCCCCUGGCUGGCUGCCCCUAGCCUGUCUGGGACCCUGGUAAGUAGGGCCAGGUGUAAGAAGGCCUGGUCCCCCAGAUGAAGCUAGCUUGCCAAAUGAUGGUCCCAGAGUGGGCACAUGGGCCUGGGUUUGCAUGUAACCCUCUUCAGUGUGUGGUUCUGGGGGGAAAGGGAAAUGAUGUGGGGAGGAUUUGCCCAAAAAACUCCAUAAA